AUGGCUGACCGCCAGUUCUCGAACCAGCCAGCUGUGCAGGCGCAGACGCAGGCGCAGUUGUUGACCCAAUUCGUCGUUGCCCUGAUCUUGCGCCAGCUUGAUGAGCCACGAUAUCUGUGUUCAGCAAGGGAAGACGGACGGCCUGACAAAACCGGCGUUGGUGGUGGUGGCGGUAGCGGCAGUAGGCGCGGUAGCGAUGGCGGCGUGUGUGCAUUCACCACAUAG